AUGGCAACAGGUGACUUAAAAAGAAGCUUACGGAACCUAGAACAAGUGCUUCGCUUGCUAAAUUAUCCUGAAGAGGUGGAUUGUCUUCUUCGUGAUCAAUUUAAUUAUAAACCAAUUUUGACAAAAAAGCAAUUUAUCCAAUGUGGGUUUGCAGAAUGGAAAAUCCAAAUUGUUUGUGACAUUUUGAAUUGUGUGAUGAAAAAGCACAAGGAAUUGAGUAGUCUUGAGAAGACUCCAUCACAACAAAGAAAGAAAAGCAGUUCUGGUAAAUCCGAACCUUGUGUGAACAAUGAGAAAAUAUCUGCAGAAGCUGUUGGCGUUGACAUCACUGGCAGGUUUAUGACUUCAGGAAAGGUAUAAACCUGUGUCAUGAUUAGGCACAUUGUAAGCACUUAUUAACUAUGAGUUGAUAUAACUAAAUGUACUUUUAAUACUGUAACAGAAGUUAGUGAAGCAGUUGCUGUGUCUGCCUUACAGGCUACUGAAAUAAAGAUACCUGAAGUAAAGGUCCCCGAAAUCAAGGCUGAGCAGCAAGAUAUAAAAGUUAAUCCUGAGAUUACUGCACUACAGACUAUGCUUGCUGAAUGCCAAGAAAAGCUUAAAAAACUGACUCGGAUAGAGAAAAGGUUAGAAUGCUUGGAAGAAAAAAUGAAAGGAAAAGUGUUGGUAAAUGAAAAGACCUGGACUAAUCUUCUAAGUCGUGUCACUCUUCUUGAAACGGAAAUACUCCUGUCUAAAAAGAGUGAUGAAUUUAUAGAGUAUAAUGAAAUGAGUGAAGACUAUUCUUCUAGUAGUGACAUGGAUCUUCUGAAUGCUGGUGAGUUCUUAAAUGGUAUUAGAAUUGGUGGUAUGAUAAGGAGUUUUCAGAAAAAUAAUUUUGUGGGUACUUGCUUAGUCAAACGCCUCCUCUUCCAGACAGCCCUGGUUAGUCCAGACUCCCGUGACUGUGGUGGUCGACCACAGCGGUCCUGCAGUGGGAGAAUUCUCACAGCACCAGCCUGGAAAAGCCAGACGCUGAUAGUGCAGGAACUUCGAGAAACCGUGCCACUCAAAGUUCUGCACCCUCCAGUUAAAUAA